UUUCAUGUUCUGUUCUCUUCUCCUCGUACAUGUAGUAAGUAAUCUCCACCUUCAUCAUUCAUGAAGACAACAACAACAACCCUUCUCCGCAAUGCUCCUACCCUCACACUCCCCCUCGAUUCUCUACAAUGCGGAACCUUGUUGCAAUCACUCACCAACUCCAAAUCAUUCACACAAGCCCAGAAACUCCAUGCCCACAUCAUCACCUGCGGCACUCUCCUCCAAAACACCUACCUCUCCACCAAGCUCGCCGCCUGCUACGCCGCCUGUGGCCGCAUGCCUCAAGCACAACUCAUAUUCGAUCAAAUCGUCUUCAAGAAUUCAUUCUUAUGGAAUUCUAUGAUCAGGGGCUAUGCUUGUAGCGCUGGUGGAAACUCGAGCUCGAGGUCCCUUGUUUUGUACCGUGAAAUGCUGAGUUUUGGACAGAAGGCUGAUAAUUUCACCUACCCUUUUGUUCUCAAGGCUUGUGGGGACCUUCUGCUUCGUGAAAUGGGGAUAAGAGUUCAUGGUUUGGUGGUGGUUGAUGGGUUGGAGUCGGAUGUUUAUGUGGGAAAUUCUUUGAUUUCGAUGUAUUUGAAAUUUGGUGAUAUGGGAACUGCGAGGUUGGUGUUUGAUAAAAUGCCUGUGAGGGAUUUGACUUCGUGGAACACGAUGAUGUCGGGGUAUGUGAAGAAUGGUGAGGCGGGGGAUGCUUUUGUGGUUUUUGAUCACAUGAGAAGAUCUGGCUUGGUUGGAGAUGGGACCACCAUGCUUGCCUUACUCAGCGCUUGUGGUGAUCUUAUGGAUUUGAAGCUGGGGAAAGCGGUUCAUGGUUAUGUUGUUAGGAAUAGUGGGAGACUGUCUAAUAAUGAGUUUGUGACGAAUUCAAUGAUUGAUAUGUACUGCAAUUGUGAUUUCAUAUCUGGUGCAAGGAAACUAUUUGAAGGGUUAGCAGUGAAGGAUACUGUAUCGUGGAAUUCAUUGAUUUCUGGCUAUGAAAAGUGUGGGGGUGCUUUUCAAGUUCUGGAACUUUUCGGUCAAAUGUUUAUAGGAGGUGCAGUUCCUGAUGAAGUGACUGUUAUUUCUGUGCUUGGGGCUUGUAGUCGAAUCUCGGCCUUGCUAUUGGGUUCAUCUGUUCACUCAUAUCUUGUUAAAAAGGGUUAUGGAAUGAAUACUGCUGUGGGAACUUCCCUAAUAAGCAUGUAUGCUAACUGCGGAAGUUUCCUUUGUGCACAUCGCGCUUUCAAUGAGAUUCCUGAUAAAAGUUUGGCUUCCUGGACAGUUAUGGUUACAGGAUUUGGAAUUCAUGGCAAGGGAAGAGAGGCCAUUUCCAUUUUCAAUGAAAUGUUAGGUAAAAAUAUUACUCCAGAUGAGGGCGUUUUCACGGCAGUUUUAUCAGCUUGUAGUCAUUCUGGAUUAGUGGAUGAGGGUAAAGAAAUUUUCUAUAAAAUGACCAGAGACUACAAUGUGGAGCCUACAACCACUCAUUAUUCAUGUUUGGUGGAUCUACUUGGCAGGGCAGGAAAAUUAGAUGAAGCAUAUGCAACUAUAGACAACAUGAAAUUGAAACCUAAUGAGGAUGUUUGGACUGCUCUUCUUUCUGCUUGCAGAUUACAUCGGAAUGUCAAGUUAGCAGAGAUAUCAGCCCAGAAGCUUUUUGAAAUGGAUCCAAAUAAAGUGAGCGGCUAUGUUUGCCUUUCCAACAUCUAUGCUGCUGAGAAACGGUGGAAGGAUGUUCAAAAGGUGAGGAAAAAGGUAACAAAGAAGAGAUUGAGGAAACCACCUAGUUACAGUUUUUUUGAGCUAAAUAAGAUGGUUCAUCAAUUUUUUGCUGGAGAUACGUCCCACCAACAGUCAGAUGAUAUUUAUGCCAAACUGAAAGACUUGAAUGAGCAACUGAAGAAAGUGGGGUACAUGCCUGACACUAGUUCAGUUCUUUAUGAUGUUGAGGCAGAAGUAAAGGAGAAAAUGCUCUGGGAUCAUAGUGAGAGGUUGGCACUUGCUUUUGCCCUUAUUAACACUGGUCCAGGAACCACAAUCAGAAUAACCAAGAAUCUUCGUGUGUGUGUAGAUUGCCACACUGUAAUGAAAAUGGUUUCUAAGCUUAUGAGUCGAGAGAUUAUCAUGCGAGAUAUCUGUAGGUUUCACCAUUUUAGAGAUGGUAUAUGCUCAUGCGGUGGGUAUUGGUGAGUUGAUGGAAGUUUGUUAAAAUACAAAAUUAAAUCCGAAAUAAUGAAAAUUUCAGAUUUUUGUUUUUAGAAAUAUGAUAAUUAGAAAUAAGUAUUUUACGUCCAAACAUAGAAAAUUUCAGAUUUUUUAUCUUACAUGACUAGAUUUUUAAGAUGUUUUCAAAUUGCCACAUUGUGGCAUCAUCAUUAGCAUUACAGAUGCCGCAGGAGUAUCUUCCUAAUCUGAUUAGUGUCUUAUUUUCCUUUGGUUCUCAAAUGGAUCGCUCAGAUUAUGGUGGCACGUCAACACUCAACUUUAUGUUGGGUGUUGGGCACAAGAUUAAGUAAUCACAUUUGAAUAGAUUUCA